AUGCCGAAGCAAACCCUGAGAUAUGCCAUGGUCGGUGCUGGCCAGGGUUCAUGGAUCGGCGAGGCACAUCGAAAGGCUUUGGCUUUGGACAAUACGGCCAGGCUCGUCGCCGGCUGCUUCUCUUCCAGCCGAGAGCGGUCGCAGUCAUUUGGCGAAGCUUUGGCUUUGCCAGACUUGCGUGUCUACGGCUCGCCCUCGGAGCUCGCGGAGAAAGAGGCGGCUCUUCCGGUAGAGGAGAGGCCGCACUUUGUCGUCAUCUGUACACCCAACCGCCAUCACUUGGAGCAGAUUGAACUGCUGGCCGCAAAGGGUUUCCCGAUUGUCUGCGACAAGCCGCUCUGCGAAACUCUGGCCGAAGGAAAGCAGGCCCUGGCAGCGCUGGGCGGCGGCCUCUUGGCGUUGACUCACUGCUACGCAGGAUACCCCAUGAUUAAAGAGGCCCGGUCUCUGGUCAGGAAAGGUCGCUUGGGCACGCUUCGAAAGGUUGUUGUGGAGUAUCCACAGGGCUGGCUCGUGCCAGAAGAGGGUAAAGAUGACAAGCCGGCGAUGAGUGCCUCCAGCGGCGUCUCUAGCAUGGUCGAUGUGGGCACGCAUGCAGAGCAUCUGGCUCGAUAUGUCACUGGCCUCGAGGCCAAGGAGGUUUUUGCGGACGUAUCUAGCUUUGUCACUGGAGGCCCCCGCGCGCCAGAUGACUUCAACGUGCUGAUCCGCUAUGAGGGAGGUCAGCGGGGAGUGCUGAUUGCCUCCCAGUCGUCAUCGGGGGAGCAGAACUGCUUGCGCCUAAGGGUGUAUGGCUCGGCGGGAUCUCUCGAUUGGAUGCAGGAGGAUCCUAACAUCCUUACGAUGCGCUUGCGUGACCAGCCAGUACAGACACUCCACCGUGGACAACCCUACCUCAGUCCCGAGGCACGUUCCUGUUCCCGCCUUCCACCAGGCCACCCGGAGGGUUAUCUGGAAGCCUUUGCCAACAUCUACCGCAGCUUCGCUGCUGCAGUGCAGGCACGGGACACUGGUGCGGAGGUUCCAGAAGUCGACUUCCCCACGGCAGCCGAUGGCAUUGCCAGUUUGGCCUUUGUAGAGGCAGUUUCCAAGAGUUCUGAGGCAGGUACUUGGGUCCGCGUCUAG